CCGCUCUUUUUUCAUCUUUCACGUAUCAAGUCUUCGUCUCAAUCAUCCGCUCAAAAAAUUCACCGAGAAUGGUUUUCACUAUCCAAGAACGCCACCCUCCUUCGUGUAUCAAGCCAUCUCACCGAAGGCGUCUCACAUCAACACCGUAUGCGGCAUGGGCUUAGAUCGAGUAAACCUGAUCAGUUCUACCAGCUUUUCUCUUGCACCAUCCAAUUUUUGCGGCUAUUUUCUCUUCUAUUUCUCUCCACCAUCCAAGAGUGUUGCCCUUCGUGUAUCAAGCGUCAUGGUAUUGCCGAUUUCUCCCCAGUGGUGUUCGCAUCCUUCAUUCUCGGAGAUUUACAAAGAUCCAUCUCUUAUGUAGCUUCUUAUGAAAUGUUUGAAAGUGUCUUCAGCCAACUUCAUUUCAAUUCAGUUGGUGCAGAUGAACGAUGAUCGAGAUAUCCCAGCCACCCAAGUGCCCUUCAUCGAUAGCUUCAACCGACUUCUUCCAUAUAUAGGCGCUUGGACGCAGAGGUUCUUCCAUAGAUAGGCGAUUGGACUCAAAGGUGGCCACAAGUUUGCUGCCAACCGCUUACAUUUUGAGCAGGAGGCACGUGCAGGUUCCAUUCAUCCAAUGGAGUGCAAGGUCAGUAAAUCAGCAUAAGAGAGUGCUCUUUAUAUAUCUUAAGAGAUUGUCCAACACAAAGGUAGUUCGGGGAAAAGUUGGACUAUCAAAUUAUCAAUGGCUACUAUUGAUACCAGGAGUAAGCGGCAAAUGUAUUAUUAAAGGCAGGCAAAUGUAUUAUUAAAGGCAUUACACCACAGAAUUACACAUUUCACAUGCUAUUCCAUUUCACUCUUCUUAUCAUCCAUAUGUAUAAAGCCUAAGAAAUCCCAAACACUCUUCACCAGGAAUUAGUUGCCUUUGUCACAGCAUGUUUACAUUUCCUAUUAAACUUGGUGCAAGUGUGUAUAUUUGAAGUUUUUUAUUUGACAUUUCCUAUUAUGUGA